AGAGGGGGAGCUUUACAUAAUUAUAUGCAUUCUAUUUCAGAUGAAAUUCCCCUUUAAAAUCUGGUUUUGUUUGGUUUGAGUCAUAUCAUAUAGCGAGCGGACACUGGUUGGGUAGGUCUGUAAUUGCUCCUCUAAUUUGUGUAAAGAGAAUCACAUUAAAUAUGGUGACUUCCUACCCUUUACCGGAUGGCUUCUCGGACUUCGAUGUGUUCUCUUUGGGAUCUUGCCUGCUCGUGGAGGGUCUGCUGGGAUUUUUUCUGAAUGCUGUGACAGUCGCUGCUUUCCUCAAAAUAAGAGAACUUCGAACGCCCAGCAAUUUUCUUGUAUUUAGUUUGGCAUUGGCUGAUAUGGGAAUAUCUGCGAACGCAACCAUUGCUGCCUUCUCCAGUUUUCUGAGGUACUGGCCCUAUGGAUCUGAUGGAUGUCAGACUCACGGCUUCCAGGGUUUUUUGACGGCUCUCACCAGCAUACACUUCAUUGCUGCCAUCGCAUGGGACAGAUACCACCAAUAUUGCACAAGAACAAAGCUACAGUGGAGCAGUGCCAUCACUCUGGCUAUCUUCAUCUGGCUGUUUACCGCCUUCUGGUCUGCAAUGCCCCUAAUUGGCUGGGGAGAGUAUGACUACGAACCUCUCAGAACCUGCUGUACCCUGGAUUACAGCAAAGGAGACAGGAACUAUGUCUCCUACCUGAUUCCCAUGGCAAUUUUCAACAUGGCCAUUCAGACCUUUAUUAUCAUGUCCUCCUACCAGUGCAUUGGCCAGAAAUUCAAGAAUACUGGAAAACCCAGGUUCAACACAGCCACUCCCCUGAAGACUUUUCUGUUCUGCUGGGGACCCUAUGGAGUCUUGGCCUUCUACGCUGCUAUUGAAAAUGCCAACCUGGUUUCACCCAAGAUAAGGAUGCUGGCUCCAAUUCUGGCAAAGACCUCUCCCACCUUCAACGUUUUCCUGUACGCCCUCGGCAAUGAGAAUUAUAGAGGGGGCAUAUGGCAGUUCCUCACAGGUGAAAAGAUUGAAGUGCCUCAUAUUGAGAACAAAUCCAAAUAAAACAAGCAAGAAAUAAGGACA